AAUCUGUAUCACUUUCAGUAAUCAGGCUCUCCCCAUCACAGCUCUGCAGGAACAGACUACAUACAGCACCUAAAAGAAAAGAACUUAGAAUUCUCACCAUGUGCUGCAAGAUACAACUGGCCAUAAUCUUCAUACUUUACACCGUCAUCGGUAUCCAAGCAGAAGUGCCUAAACCAUGUGACGAAGAGUCAUUUGUGGACAUGCAUCAGAAGGUGAAGGAUCUUUGGCUAACAAUGCUUCAUUCAAACCCUUUCCUAAUAAAUACAGAUGGGGUAUCCUACGCUACGUGUGUUUUAAAUCCUAGUACCAAGUUGCAACCCACAGAUUUAAAGCUGACGGGUCAGGUCUUAUUUAAACAGACCUUUCCAAACGGGCAUCUAGAAGCAAUUUUCGCAGUUGAAGGGUUUCCUUUGGAUAAUAAUCAAACUUCUAGAGCAAUUCACAUCCACAACUAUGGUGACCUCAGCGAUGGCUGUGACUCUGCCGGUGCACACUACAACCCCUUUACUGUAAACCACCCAAACCAUCCUGGAGAUUUUGGAAACUUCCGUGUCAAGGAUGGAAAGAUCGAAAGACAUGGAGCAUACCCUGAUGCUACAUUGUUUGGUCCAUAUUCCAUUAUUGGCAGAUCAAUUGUACUCCAUAUGCAAGCUGAUGACCUUGGCAAAGGCAAUAACCCAGCCAGUUUGGAAAAUGGGAAUGCAGGCAAACGCCUAGCUUGUUGUAUCAUUGGUUUCAGUAGCAAAAGCAACUGGGAUAAAUAUAUGGAAGCUCACCCUGGACUGAAAACACCAAGAGUUUCCCGAAGAUCUAACAGCAAAAAGCUUACCAUGAAAGUUUAAUCAACUAAACUUGAAGAGGUAACCCCCUAAGGAGACAAGUAUUGGAUAACACUUUAAUAUAUGCUUUGAUAACUUAGGAAACCAUGAUAUACAUAUAUUUAGCAAAUUCCAUAUUUCUGGAAUUUUAGUUAUGUAUACCGCAACCAAACCCCAGAUACUGAAAUGACUUCUGCAAACAGAUUAAUAUUUCUUAGUGUGAGCAAUGCUAUUCUAUUAGCUGAGUCUCUUUGCUCAUGUUAAGGAGGGAAUGGGUGCUCACUGCAACUACAACCAUGAAGUGUGGUUAGUUUUUUUGUGUUUGGGGGAAAUGAGUAUGGACAAAAGGUCAACUAAUUUGUAAAAUACAGCAUAUGUAAUCAGCAGCCCUGUCAUUUUAUUGUGUAAUUUCAACACAUUUAUUCUUUUCUUGUAGACGAAUAUUCCCUAAGAGCAGUUAGAGCUGCGGACCAAUACUCCAUAACAAUCCCCAAGUUCUGAUUUUACCAUUUCACACAAGAUUAUUCACUAAAGUGUGAAUUGUCAGGAGCUCAAAAGCAAAUUUCAAAUUGAAGGGCAAAAUAGCCAAACUGAAAACAUUACCAAAAUAGUUUUCUAUUACAAAAUAUAGUUCUUUUUUAACUAGAAUUCCUAGAAAUCCAUAUUGAAUUCCAGAACAUUUAGAAUUUAGUAAAUAACUCUGACAGUGGUUUUGUCAUUAGCAUUUAAUUGUAUAUUUUAGGUGGGUAAUAUUUCUUUACAGCAAAUGUAGAAUUGUAGAAUAACAAUUGUAGCAUACAUGAGAGUUUUCCCUAUGGACUCACAGCAGAUUAGCUGAAGUCAUUCAGUGACAGACAAUCACACUAUCAGGACCGCCAAUGAGAACGCCCUCUUUCAGUGCUCCCCUCUGUAAAAACAUUUUUUUUAAUUUUUUUUAUAAAAUGAAAACAGGAGUGCUACUUGUAACCGCUAUAGAUUUCAUGUGAAAUACAAUUUUACAUAGAACUUGCAUUAUGCACACGAGGUGUACAAGAACUUGUAUGACCAAGGGGAAGUAUAAUUUUCAUUUGACACCAUCAGACAAGGACAGGGCUUAUAAAUGCAGUGACUUUUGCUUAUCACCACAGCUAGAAAAUAAAAAAGGAAACAGUUAAUGCUACUGCCUGGACAGUGUUUUUACAAUUAUUUUAAUUCUGUAAUCCUGUACAAAAAUAAUUUUUAAAGAAGCCAUAUGUGGCUGGAAAACAGCAUUUGGAUCUGAAUUUCUGCUGUACUCUAUAUGCAAUAAACGUUACUAGCUUGACCAAUACAA